AUCUCCGGAUAUUCCCUCCCAUUUCCUCUCUGGACUUUUCUCUCUCUAGAUUUUUUCUCUCUCUUUCCACCAUUUUUUUUUUGUCGGUGCGGUGCAGAUCCUGGAGCUUCCAUUUCGUCGGUGGAUAUCGACUUAUCUCACCGCUCUAAUUGUAAAGGGAAAUUGAGAUUGAGGGGUUUUGUUUUGCUGUCUUUCCUUCUUUUUAAUUUGGAAUUGGAUUUAUUUGGCGGUGGAAUUUGGAAGAUAAUUGUUGUUUUUCUAGAUCUGUAUAUUGACUAUUUUAUGUCGACUGUUACAGAACUUAUAGAAAUCUAGUUGUCAUUGGUGUUCUUUGUGCAAAAAUAGAAGGGGCUUAUUGGGUUUUGGUUUGAUGGAGGAUCGGGGAAGGGCGAUGGAAAAAGUGCGCUGCUCUGCGUGUGAUCCGGUAGGUAUGCCAGCAACAGCCGCACGAAUGUGGCUGAGUUUUUGAGAACCAAUCGGAUUCAGCUUGGUUUUAGUGACUUUUUUUAAGAACUCUUGAAGCUGUUCUUGCUUGAGAAUCUGGAGUUUUCCCCCCAUUUUGCCCAGGAUGCAGCAAGAUCAAGGCAAAAAGUUUAUGCCAACAGAAUUCGACCGAAAUGGAGUUUUUCUCUGAUUAUGGCGAUGCCAGUAGAUAUAAAAUUCAGGAAGUAAUCGGGAAAGGAAGCUAUGGGGUUGUGUGUUCUGCUAUUGACACACGCACUGGCGACAAGGUUGCAAUAAAGAAGAUACACAAUAUUUUUGAGCAUAUAUCUGAUGCUGUUAGAAUUCUUCGUGAGAUUAAGCUGCUUAGACUUCUUCGCCAUCCUGAUAUUGUUGAAAUUAAACAUGUUAUGCUGCCACCUUCACGGAGGGAUUUCAAAGAUAUCUACGUUGUUUUUGAGCUGAUGGAAUCAGAUCUUCACCAAGUUAUUAAAGCUAAUGAUGAUCUUACUCGAGAACAUUACCAGUUUUUCCUUUACCAACUUCUUCGUGCAUUAAAAUAUAUCCAUACAGCUAAUGUCUACCAUCGAGAUUUAAAACCAAAGAAUAUAUUGGCAAAUUCAAAUUGUAAACUUAAAAUAUGUGAUUUUGGAUUGGCAAGAGUUGCGUUCAGUGACACGCCAACGACAAUUUUCUGGACGGAUUAUGUUGCUACUAGAUGGUAUCGAGCUCCCGAGCUCUGUGGUUCAUUUUUCUCUAAGUAUACACCUGCAAUUGAUAUAUGGAGCAUUGGCUGCAUAUUUGCUGAAGUUUUAAUGGGGAAGCCACUUUUUCCUGGUAAAAACGUCGUUCACCAGCUUGAUUUGAUGGCAGAUCUCCUUGGAACUCCUUCACUAGAUACAAUCUCCAGGGUACGCAAUGACAAGGCUAGAAGAUAUUUAACUACUAUGAGGAAAAAGCAGCCGGUGCCAUUUGCUCAAAAGUUUCCGAACGCAGAUCCUUUAGCGCUGAGACUUCUAGAAAGGUUGCUUGCUUUCGAUCCAAAAGAUAGGCCGACUGCUGAAGAGGCACUGGCUGAUCCAUACUUCAAGGGAUUGGCAAAAAUUGAGAGGGAACCUUCCUGCCAGCCAAUCUCAAAGAUGGAAUUUGAAUUUGAGAGGCGGAGGGUCACAAAAGAAGACAUUCAAGAGCUAAUCUUCCGGGAGAUACUAGAAUAUCACCCUCAGCUACUAAAAGAUUACAUGAAUGGGACUGAGAGGACAAAUUUUCUAUAUCCAAGUGCUGUCGACCAAUUUAGAAAGCAGUUUGCACAUCUCGAGGAAAAUGGUGGUAAAAGUGCGCCGGUUAUUCCUCUUGACAGGAAGCAUGUAUCCCUUCCAAGGUCAACAGUUGUACACUUGAACCCGGUCUAUUCUAAGGACCAAAUAAAUAAUGUAUCCCUUCAAGAUGUGAAGAUCUCCGAAGAGUCAUACCGAAAGAAUUCCCGAGAUAGUGAAGGACGGCUAACAAAUAUAUCAAGGACCAUGCAGGCACCACAGAAAAUCCCGAUUGCAGCUAAGCCUGGAAGAGUGGUUGGACCAGUAAUAGCCGAUGAGAAUGGGAGGGUAGUGAAGGAACCAUAUGAUCCAAGAACGUUGAUCAGAGGAGCCAUUCUUCCUCCUACAUAUCACUACCAAAAACCCAUUGCUGGAAAUCAAGAAAGAUCUGCAGCAGAAACAAAACUGGAUAUUUCAUUAAGAGCCACUAAGCAAGCAUCCCAGUGUGGCAUGGCUUCCAAAUUAGGAUCAGAUAUAGCCAUCAGCAUCGACUCAAACCCUUUUUACAUGACACGAGCAGGAGUGAACAAGGUCGAACUCAAGGACCAAAUAUCCAUCGACACGAACUUUCUGCAGGCCAAGGCGGCCCAAUACAGUGGUCUGGGUGCAGCAACGGCCACCACCACAUCGGUCGCUCAAAGAAAGGUGAUUGCUGGUCAGUAUAGCAUGACGAAGAUGUACUAGUAAGUAAGUAAAUGUUGGUCACAGUGAGAGAUGCUCCUGCAAGUACUCCUUCCUCGUACAGAUAGAAAAAGGCAUUUGAUGAUAGAAGAAGAAGUGAGAGGAGAGGAGGGUGGCCGUCAGCUCGGCUGGCUUGUGUGUAAGAAUAGAUGGAAGAGAGGUUAGUGGGCUCUCAAGAAAUUAGAUUGAUGAGGCUAUAUUUAAAUGCACAGUUAGCUUGUAAUAAGAAACUGUACAUUAGGAAAAUGCAAAAAACAGCUAUACUAUAAUACCUCGGCCCUUCAAAGCCGGAAGUGAAACCUUAUUAUAUAAACCCCAAUACAGAAACAAAUUUGUCAUUGAUG